AUCAAAACCUGCAGUCAAAUUGAACGGUUCAGAUCAAACUGUCAUGACCAGAAAGAACAGAUCUGUCAUUACAUGAAUCGUGGACCCAUCGCCACUCACAUGCAGGAUUUAUAGGGAGCCUCCUUCCGCCUCGGGUCAAUUCCCUCAUCCCUCCCAAAACUUCUCUUUUUCUGUGCAAUUGGAAAAUGCCUACCGCCAGAAAAAGGCUGAUUCUCAACUCCGUCGCCGUCAGUUUAGGCUGCGGCAGCUGCCGGAGACCCAAGCUCAUGAUUUCCAGUUUCUUUAACCCCAAGCCCAAACCCAAGUCCAAAGCCGGAUCCUACCGGAAACACACUCCUUACCACCAGCACUACUCCUCCUCCAGCUCCUCCAAAUACGACACCGCCACCUCUUUCUCUCCCAACGACGACACGGAGGCGGAAAUGGACACCGACCCCGAGUACUGUUCGACGAAGACUGUAGGUGGAUUCGGACGGGUAGGCGAGGAGAGUGUGGCGGUGGAGAAAGAUUCGGACGACCCAUAUCUGGAUUUCAGGCACUCCAUGCUGCAGAUGAUUCUGGAGAAGGAGAUAUACUCUAAAGACGACCUGAGGGAGCUUCUCAACUGUUUUUUGCAGCUGAACUCGCCGUACUACCACGGAGUCAUCGUUAGAGCGUUCACCGAGAUCUGGAACGGAGUGUUCUCGGCGAAGCCGUCCAGCAGUUCUCCGAAACUGCAUUUGGGCGGGUACAGGUCACGUGACUACUGAGUGCUGUAGGGAGAAGUGUUGGGAAUAAAAUCUAGAUAGUUAUAUAAAUAUGGCCAUAUGGGUAAGGCUAAGGCACUAGGCUAUUUCCACAUCAGGAUUUACUGAAUUUGUAAACCCCAUUUUCAUGAAAUGGUAGAUAUGUGAAUGGGACUGGUAACAGGAAUUCUGCUCUGGAAAUAGCACUAUAAAAUGUUAGUAGUUAUGUAAGAAUAUUGUGUUUUUAUUUUCUUUUUCACUUUAGAAAUGUAAUGGUUUAAUUAGAAGGAAUCUGUUUUACCGAUUCAAAGUGGAUCAAAUGGUAAAAUAGAGACUCUGUUUCAUUUCAAGUAUCAUAUAAAAACUAUAUGGUUUUAAUUAGAGGGAAGUAAAUGAUUUUUAUUGAU